CACCGCGGCCCCGGCGCUCCGCGCUUCCUCUCUGCGCUCGCGCUCGACGAGGAGGCACCAGACGCCCUCACCAUGCAGAACGACGCCGGCGAGUUCGUGGACCUCUACGUGCCGCGGAAAUGCUCCGCCAGCAACCGCAUUAUCGGCGCCAAGGACCACGCGUCCAUCCAGAUGAACGUGGCCGAGGUGGACAAGGUGACGGGCAGGUUCAACGGCCAGUUCAAGACCUACGCCAUCUGCGGGGCCAUCCGCCGCAUGGGCGAGUCCGACGACUCCAUUCUCCGGCUGGCCAAGGGGGACGGCAUCGUGUCCAAGAACUUUUGACUGAUGAGGCAUUGUCAUAAAUAAACAAUAAAAAGCUUGUCCGAGCCUCGGCGCCUGGUCUGCAGGGUUGGGG